AUGGAUCGAAGUAUGGUUGUGGAUUUGGUCACCAUCUCUGUUGAGGGGAUGACAUGUGGUUCCUGUGUUUGGACCAUUGAGCAGCGGAUUGGAAAACUGAAUGGUGUACAUCAUAUUAAAGUUUCACUGGAAGAAAAAAAUGCAACUAUUAUUUAUGACCCUAAACUACAGACUCCAAAGACCCUCCAGGAAGCUAUUGAUGACAUGGGCUUUGAUGCUGUUCUCCACAAUCCUAACCCUGUCCCUGUUUUAACUGACACUGUGUUUCUGACUGUUGCUGCUUCACUGGCUCUGCCAUGGGACCAUAUCCAAAGCAUAUUGCUCAAGACCAAGGGUGUGACAGACAUUAAAAUUUCCCCUCAGCAAAGAACUGUAGUGGUGACAAUAAUCCCUUCUAUUCUGAAUGCCAAUCAGAUAAUAGAGCUGCUUCCGGAUCUCAGUUUAGAUAUUGGAACUCUGGAGAAAAAGUCAGGAACUUGUGAAGAUUAUAGUAUGGCUCAAGUAGGUGAAGUCAUGCUGAAGAUGAAAGUAGAAGGAAUGACCUGCCAUUCAUGCACCAGCACUAUUGAAGGAAAAAUUGGGAAGCUGCAAGGUGUUCAGCGAAUUAAAGUCUCCUUGGACAACCAAGAAGCUACUAUUGUUUAUCAACCUCAUCUUAUCACAGCAGAGGAAAUUAAAAAACAGAUUGAAGCCGUGGGCUUUCCAGCAUUCAUCAAAAAACAGCCCAAGUACCUCAAAUUGGGAGCUAUUGAUAUAGAACGUCUAAAGAAUACACCAGUCAAAUCCUCAGAAGGACCACAGCAAAGGAGUCCAUCAUAUAGCAGUGAUUCAACAGUCACUUUCAUUAUAGAUGGCAUGCAUUGUAAAUCAUGUGUGUUAAAUAUUGAAAGUGCUUUAUCUACACUCCAAUAUGUAAGCAGCAUCGUAGUUUCUUUAGAGAAUAGAUCUGCCAUAGUGAAGUACAAUGCAAGCUCAGUCACUCCAGAAACCCUUAGAAAAGCAAUAGAGGCCAUCUCACCAGGGAAAUACAAAGUUAGUAUUACAAGUGAAGUUGAAAGUACCUCAAACUCUCCCUCCAGCUCAUCUCUUCAAAAGAUUCCUUUGAACACAGUAAGCCAUCCUCUGACUCAAGAAACUGUGAUAAACAUUGGUGGCAUGACUUGUAAUUCUUGUGUGCAGUCUAUUGAGGGUGUCAUAUCAAAAAAGGCAGGUGUAAAAUCCAUACGAGUAUCUCUUGCAAAUGGCAAUGGGACUGUUGAGUAUGAUCCUCUACUAACUUCUCCAGAGACCUUGAGAGAAGCAAUAGAAGACAUGGGAUUUGAUGCUGCCUUGUCAGAUACAAAUGAGCCAUUGGUAAUAAUAGCUCAGACCUCAUCAGAAAUGCCGCUUUUGACCUCAACUAAUGAAUUUUAUACUAAAACAAUGACACCAAUUCACGAUGGGGAAGUAAAGCCUUCGUCUAAGUGUUAUAUACAGGUCACUGGUAUGACUUGUGCUUCCUGUGUAGCAAACAUUGAACGGAAUUUAAGACGAGAAGAAGGAAUAUAUUCUGUACUUGUGGCUCUGAUGGCUGGCAAGGCAGAAGUAAGAUAUAAUCCUGCUGUUAUACAACCCCCAGUGAUAGCUGAGUUCAUCCGAGAGCUUGGAUUUGGAGCCACUAUGAUAGAAAAUGCUGAUGAAGGAGAUGGUGUUUUGGAACUUGUUGUGAGAGGAAUGACGUGUGCCUCCUGUGUACAUAAAAUAGAGUCUAUCCUCACAAAACACAGAGGGAUCUUCUACUGUUCUGUGGCCUUGGCAACCAACAAAGCACAUAUUAAGUAUGACCCAGAAAUUAUUGGUCCCAGGGAUAUUAUCCAUACAGUUGAAAGCUUAGGUUUUGAAGCUUCUUUGGUCAAAAAGGAUCGGUCAGCAAGCCACCUGGACCAUAAACGAGAAAUAAGACAGUGGAGACGGUCCUUCCUUGUGAGCCUCUUUUUCUGUAUUCCUGUCAUGGGGCUGAUGAUAUAUAUGAUGGUUAUGGACCACCAUCUUGCAACUCUUCACCAUAAUCAGAGCAUGAGUCAAGAAGAAAUGAUCAACAUUCAUUCUUCUUCUAUGUUCCUGGAGCGCCAGAUCCUGCCAGGACUGUCCAUUAUGAAUUUGCUAUCCUUUUUGUUGUGUGUACCUGUACAGUUUUUUGGAGGCUGGUACUUCUACAUUCAGGCGUAUAGAGCCCUGAAGCAUAAAACUGCAAAUAUGGAUGUACUGAUUGUGCUGGCAACCACCAUUGCAUUUGCCUACUCUUUGGUUAUUCUUCUGGUUGCAAUGUAUGAAAGAGCCAAAGUAAACCCUAUUACUUUCUUUGACACACCUCCUAUGCUAUUUGUCUUUAUUGCACUAGGCCGGUGGCUGGAACAUAUAGCAAAGGGCAAAACAUCAGAGGCUCUUGCCAAGCUAAUUUCACUACAAGCUACAGAAGCAACUAUUGUAACUCUUGACUCUGAUAAUAUUCUCUUAAGUGAAGAACAAGUGGAUGUGGAACUUGUACAACGUGGAGACAUCAUUAAAGUGGUUCCAGGAGGCAAAUUUCCAGUGGAUGGUCGUGUGAUUGAAGGACAUUCUAUGGUAGAUGAGUCCCUUAUCACAGGGGAGGCAAUGCCAGUGGCUAAGAAAUCUGGCAGCACAGUGAUUGCUGGUUCCAUUAACCAGAAUGGAUCACUACUUAUCCGUGCAACCCAUGUUGGAGCUGACACAACACUUUCUCAAAUUGUCAAACUUGUGGAAGAGGCACAAACAUCAAAGGCUCCUAUCCAGCAGUUUGCAGACAAACUCAGUGGCUACUUUGUUCCUUUUAUUGUUGUCAUUUCCAUUGCUACCCUCUUGGUUUGGAUUAUAAUUGGAUUUCUGAAUUUUGAAAUUGUGGAAACCUACUUUCCUCUCUCCCAGCAGCUCUCUCAAAUCAAUGCUAUGUUCUGUUACUCAAUAGGAAUCUUCAAAGAUGCAGAUGUUGGGGAGCCAGUCUAUACCACCAUUGGUGCGGAUGAGCUGUGUGGCUUGAUUGCUAUUGCUGAUACAGUGAAGCCUGAAGCAGAAUUGGCUGUCCAUAUUUUGAAAUCCAUGGGCUUAGAAGUAGUUCUGAUGACUGGAGACAACAGUAAAACAGCUAGAUCUAUUGCUUCUCAGGUUGGCAUUACUAAGGUGUUUGCUGAAGUUCUCCCUUCUCAUAAGGUUGCUAAGGUGAAGCAACUUCAGGAGGAGGGGAAACAGGUUGCAAUGGUAGGAGAUGGAAUCAAUGACUCUCCAGCUCUGGCAAUGGCUAAUGUUGGAAUUGCCAUUGGCACAGGUACAGAUGUAGCCAUUGAAGCAGCUGAUGUGGUUUUAAUAAGGAAUGAUCUUCUGGAUGUAGUGGCAAGUAUUGACUUAUCAAGGAAGACAGUCAAGAGGAUUCGGAUAAAUUUUGUUUUCGCUCUAAUUUAUAAUCUAGUUGGAAUUCCCAUAGCUGCUGGAGUUUUUAUGCCCAUUGGUUUGGUUUUGCAGCCCUGGAUGGGAUCUGCUGCAAUGGCUGCUUCAUCUGUUUCAGUAGUACUUUCUUCUCUCUUCCUUAAACUUUAUAGAAAACCAACUUAUGAGAAUUAUGAACUGCAUGCCCGCAGCCACAUGGGACAGAAAAGGCCUUCGGAAAUCAGCGUUCAUGUUGGAAUAGAUGACACCUCAAGAAAUUCUCCUAAACUGGGUUUGCUGGACCGGAUUGUUAAUUACAGCAGAGCCUCCAUAAAUUCACUACUGUCUGAUAAACGGUCCCUAAACAGCAUUGGUACCAGUGAACCUGACAAGCAUUCACUUCUGGUGGGAGACUGCAGGGAAGAUGAUGAUACCACAUUGUAA